AUGACUACGGAUCACAGUCUAAAGUUACCAACUCGCAAUGUCCUAACUGGUGCCAUAGUGAACUGGGACGACGACGAGAUGGGGGUCCUUGGGGACAAUCCCGAGAACCUCACGUUGGCCUGGAAAGACCUAUCCGUGUACAGAAAGAAGAAGACACAGACCAGCAUAUGGAGAUCACCCGUGUACGAGGAAGUCAAAGUUUUACAUGGAGUGAGCGGUAUAGUGUCUUCAGGGAACUUGGUCGCUUUAAUGGGAUCCAGCGGGGCGGGUAAGACAACGCUGCUGGCCGCUAUCAGCCGUCGCGAAAAGAGCGCGAUGACCGGUUACCUGAUGUUGAAUGGCAGACUGACUGGAGCGGACUUCAUUGCGAGGAUAUCCGGGUUCGUGCCCCAACAGGACCUGGCUAUAGAAGACUUGACAGUCGCCGAACAUAUGGAGUUUAUGGCUCGAUUAAUGAUGGACAAACGGUCUACCAAGAUUAUCCGGUCCCGGCGCAUCCAGCAGCUCCUGGGGGAGCUUGGUGUGACGUCCUGCAACACCACCAAACUGAAGGCACUCUCGGGCGGUGAAAGGAAAAGAGUCGCUCUCGCAGUACAGUUACUGAACGACCCGCCGAUCUUGUUCUGCGAUGAGCCGACCACGGGCUUGGACAGCUGGGCGGCGGCGGCGGUGGUGGGGCGGCUGCGCAAGCUGGCCGCGGGCGGGAAGGUGGUCGUGUGCUCCGUGCACCAGCCCGCCUCGGGGGUGUUCGAGCUGUUCCACAAGGUCGUUCUGCUGGCCAACGGACGGACGGCCUUCCACGGGACCAUUGAGGAAGCGGACCAUUUCUUUGCAUCGUUAGGUUACAAAUGUCCAGUUGGCUUCAACCCUGCUGAAUACUACGUAUCCUUGUUAGGCAUUCAGUUAGACAAGGAGUUGGAGAGUAGAGAGAGGAUCAGACGCAUCUGCGAUGAAUACCAGCGGUCUGAGAUAGCUGCUGAAAUAGAGAGCAAAGUCGGCGACGUAAAAGAUGAAGUGGAAUACUUCAACGGCACGUCGAACGCUAAGAACGAAAUCUUCGAUCGUUAUUUAACUCUAGUCAAAGUGAACUUUUUCGUUCAGUUCUAUUGGCUUAUGUGGAGGAAUAUACAGCAAAUGAAACACAAUAGCACAAUAUGGAUAGCAGAAUUUCUUCUUUUCAUGUUCGUAGGGUUAAUUAUCUCCAUUCCCUACAUGGGCCACUUUGAAGAGCUUGACCAGCGAGACAUUCAGAACGUCGAGGGUCUCCUGUACCUCACCAUCACGGAGACCAUAUUCCUCUUUAUCUACGCCGUGUUCAUCACGUUUCCCAGCGAAGUGCCGAUACUCCUCAGAGAGACAGCCAGCGGGCUGUACACGCCUGGACCUUAUUAUUUGUCGAAAAUGAUAUUUUGGAUUCCACGUGCUGUAAUUGAGCCGACGUUGUACGCCUCCCUCAUAUUCGGCGUUGCUGGGCUUCACGGUGGUUUCAUGGGCUGGUUAGGAUUCUGCUUCGUUUGCAUACUUUGUGCGAAUUACGCAAACGCAUAUGGCUCAUUCCUAUCGUCGACAUUCGACAGGAUGGAUACCGCCGCAUUAGUGGCGGUCCCGGUCGACUUGAUCGGUACCAUGUUUUCCGGUAUCUACCUCAACCUGGCCAGCGCCUCCCCCUACUUCUCCUGGCUCCGUUUCAUCUCAGGCUUUUAUUAUGGCGUCGAAUCCAUCUCCAUCCUUCAAUGGGACUCGAUAGAAUCCAUAAAUUGCGUUGACAUUCCAGGCGUGCCUUGCAUCAAAACAGGUCCUGAUGUAUUAAGUCGAUUCGGUUACGAGGAAUGGCAUUUUUGGAGAAAUUGCUGUUGCUUAGCUGCCAUGUACUGUAUCGGACAUUUGGUUGCAUUUCUUAUGGUGAUCAAGCGAAGUAGAGGAACGCCUGUAUAUUGA